AUGGCCAGGAUCGAUCAAUCCAGCCACGUACGUGCUUGGACGACCGGCCCAGCCAUACGUCGACACCGGCGGAGCGCUUCGCCGACGGCGACGUGCAUCGAGGACGGCCCGGGAUUGCAUCGACGGGGGGAUCGAUCCGGCGGUGUGCCGUGCUUCGACGACGACGGCCACGUCACACGUCCGACCCAGCGGCGUGCUUCGAGCGACGCCCAGCGCAGGCAUGCGUCGGGAAGAGAAGGCCUGGUCGGCCCGGCGGCGGGCGUCGGCGACGGGGGUGCCCGGCGGCGAGCUUCAAAUGCGACACGAAGAAGUCCUUGGGGGUUGUCAAUUAGUAAUUUACUCAAUACACAGGCAGCUUUAAUCCAUGGUCUAUCUGAAGGAGUUCAGAUAGAUUCCCUGACUUCGGGCACUGAAGGUUCUACAGAAGAGGACAUAUCCAAUGUUGAUGGCCAGGAGCCUUCAGAAAUACAGAAAUGGUCUGCAGAUUUCCCAGACAUGCUUGAUGUUUUGCUAGCUGAGAGAAGAGUGGAUGAAGCGCUAGAUGCACUAGAUGAAGCGGAGCGAGUUACUGCAGACCGGACACAAACUCUAACUACAGCUGAAAUUUCGGCUUUGAGAAGUGCCGUCUCUGAUAAUCGUCAAAAGCUGGCAGACCAGCUUGCUGAAGCUGCUUGUCAGUCUUCUACUCGUGCCAUUGAGCUUCAUGCUGCCGCUUCUGCUCUCAAAAGGCUUGGUGAUGGCCCUCGAGCUCACAGUCUGUUAAUCAGUGCACAUAUUCAAAGGCUUCAAUGUAAUUUGCAAACCAAACAUCCGUCAAGCACUUCAUAUGGUGGGGCAUACACUGCUGCACUUGCUCAACAAGUUUUUUCAGUUGUAGCUCAGGCGCUCAGUGAUUCUGUGGAAGUUUUUGGUGAUGAGUCAUGUUAUGCAUCUGAGCUGGUUACAUGGGCUACCCAGCAGGUCUUGUCCUUUGCACUCCUGGUAAAGAGGCAUGUGUUGUCUUCUUGUGCAGCCGCUGGAGGCUUGAGAGCAGCUGCAGGAUGUGUUCAAAUAUCAUUUGGCCAUUGUUCCUUGCUGGAAGCUCGUGGUCUAUCUGUUUCUGCUGUCCUCCUGAAGCAGUUCAAGCCCAGUCUUGAGCAAGCAUUAGAUGCUAACUUGAGGAGAAUCGAAAAGAGUACUGCUGCACUUGGUGCAGCUGAUAACUGGACACUCACUUAUCCCCCAAAUGGUAUUCGCCCAUUAGCUAGAUCUUCUGUUGCUAAUUUGGCACUUCAACCAAAACUCUCAAGCAGUGCACAUCGUUUCAAUUCUAUGGUUCAGGUAAUGAUUGAUCCAUUUUGAUUGAGCAAAAUGAAUGAAUCUUUCCUUCUUGCUGUUUUCAUCUAAAUGGUAGUGACCUAUCCAUCUUGGCAUGCUUGGUACUGCAAAACAUGGCAUAAUAAUAUUGUGUGUUCUACACUACACAACAACCUCUAGGUCCAUCUCGAUCCUUUCAAUUACAGCCACUUGAACUUGUUAGGUGUUUGUGUGAGGUGGGAAAUAUGAGGUGGGAUACCAUAGAAGGGUUUUCUGUACGGGAUUUUCAUCUUUUGUAUGGUUGGCUUGCUAUUUCACUGGGACAGGGGCAUGACAUUUUGUGCUAAAAUGACCCUUUUUGGAAUCAUGGCAAGCAUCAAUAAUGUAUGGUUUGCACUAAUGUGAUGCAACAGUACGAACAUCGAUCUCAACGAACUAUUUAAACCCUAAGCCCAAUCAAAGGUGGAUUUGGUCCAACAUGGAGCUCAUGUGGCAGUUGUUCUUCUGUGUGGCAUCCAUCUG